GUGCGCGACAGCUAUGCAGGUAACGUGGAGACUUGCAUGCGAAGGCAUUGUGAGCAGGACUCCUCGACAGGUAACGUCGUUUGCUUUGUCCCUAACGGACCAAAAGCGGUGAAACUGGUGGAGAGAUGGGCUGAGUGCAGGUGGCGUGGCCACAAGAUGUUCGUGAAAGCUCGGCACGUUGAGCCUGCGCCUGCCGGUUCCAGCUUGGACCCUGUAAGCCACGCCGACCUGGCCAAGCCAUGUGCGCGGGCAAAGGGGUCGAGCAAGGAUGACGAGGCACCGGUAGAGCCACCUGCGAAGCGCAUCAAGAAAGGGCGGCCUCCAUGCAAGUACGGGGCAGGCUGCUACCAGAAGAAUCCGCUUCACAGAGCAAAAUUCUCUCAUCCUGGUGAUCCUGAAUUUGGUGCGGAUGUUCCUGAAAUUGCGAGCUCGUCAGCCCUUGCCGGUCCUAUGGACGUCGCGGGUAAGCCAGCGACGGACGUGACUAUGGACGAUGCAGAUGUUGAUGCGGUGCCUGCAACAUCCUCGACAGAUGCAGACACAGCCGCAGCAGCCGCAGCAGAACCCGGGCCCGAAGCUGCACCAGGUGCUCCAGGUGCCCCAGCUGCUGCAGCGGCUCCAGCAGCUCCAGAGGAUCCACCGCUGGCUCCCCCAGCCGUUCCUCCUCCCGUUCCUCCCAUUCCUCCCGCUCUGCCUGAGGUACCCGCUCCCAGCACGGAUGCCGCAGCGCCAGCUGAAGUCGCUCCAGCCAUUCCGGCCGAAGCCAAAGAAAGCCGUGACUGCGAUUGCUGCUUUGACAAUGUGCCCACUGCGGAUGGAACUUGCUGUCCGAGCAAAGCUCACUUCUUCUGUGCGGCUUGCCUCGCCAACUUUCUAGACGCAUUCAAGACAGCAGAUUAUGCGGAUCAGAAGAAAGCAAAAGGCAGAGCUCUCUGUCCCAUGAAGGAUUCUGACACUCCUUUCGGGGACGGAGUGCUGGCCGCGAUUGUGCCCCAGGAGAUUUUCGACAAUUAUUUGCAGAUACGGAUCAAAGUGGCGGAGCAGAGCAUCCAGGAGCAGUUCGAGAAAGAGAACACUGCAAAGAUUGAAGAACUAAAGGAGAAGUUAGCAAAAGCCACUGGAAGUGGCGAACAGCUGGAGCUGGACAAGCACCGCUUGAAGAUCAUUGAUGACAUUUUCACUCUAAAGUGCCCACGAUGUGGCAUGGCCUUCUUGGACUACGACAACUGUAGUGCUAUUACCUGCUCUGCAUGCAAGUGUGGCUUCUGUUCGUUUUGCCUGGAGGACUGCGGCAAAGAUGCCCACCAACACUUCUACAAGAAUGGCAGCAAGUGUCCCAAUGAAGGCGGUGCGCUGUUCGUUGCCCACAACAUCUGGCAGGGCUACCAAAAUGCGCGCAAGGAGCGGCUUUUGUGCGAAUAUUUGGCUGGUCUGGCAGAUGAUCUGCGCAAAAAGGUCGCGGAUCUUGUAGCGCCCGAUGCCAAAGACCUGGGCAUCGAAAUGCCAAAGGACCUCAGCCCUGCGGGAUUGAUGCCGGAGGCACAUGGUAUCCUGAGGCUAAAGCUUUCGAUUCCCAGAAGGCUGCGCCGCCUCAUUGUUCCUCUGCAGAAAGGCUUACCAGCCACAGUGGAGCUGAAGAUUCCAGAUUCUUCCGCUGUGCGCCUGUCCAGCCCACACAUGGGACCGAUUAUUGCUCUGAAGGUCACCUGCACCACCUAUGCGAAGGGAUCUGUUGCGGCGCACCUGCCUGCCGAUCACCAGGUGAAGAUCGAAGAUGAGUGGGUGGAGUGUAAAGGUGCCAAAGGAGGCAAACUAGCAAAAGGCGUAAUCAAAGCAAAGCACGUCGUGGGGCCGCUGGCCAUUGGCAAGGAUGUCUCGCUCAAGGAAGCCAACGGAUGUGGAAGCGUGCUGGUCCGAAAGACACCCUCGCAGGAGGAAGGCAAGAACGCUCUGGGCUACUGGGAUGAUGGCACGAAGGUCAAGGUUCUCAACCACUGGAUCGAGUGCACGUGGGAAGGCCCAGGGCCAUCAAAACGCGGAAUCGUGCAGGCAACUUGUGUACCAGACAACGACAUUACCUUGCGCGGGCCUGAUGAGGAUUGCAAAGCGCUGCUGGAGCGCUUUGAAGAAAAACUUGGCUUCAAAGUGGAGACGUUUCCGUUAGGCGGCGCCAAGCCAAAGGCAGCCGGCAAAGCAAAGGCUAAACCUAAAGCCAAAGGCAAAGCCAAAGCAAAGGCGGCUUGA